AUGCACACUUCCUACGUUUCUCUGGCGGUCUUCGCCAUGGGCGCCGCUGCUGUCCCAAACAUGCCGAAGCCAGACGGCAAUCCUUUCGGUGGCAGCACCUUCCCUUUCAUGCCCUCCGGAAGCUCCGCUGUGGAGGAUGAUGAUGGCAUGUCCAACCCAGUGCCUGCUUAUAUGGCUGCCAUGGAGGCCGUUGAGGAGGCCCAGGGCGGUGCAUACAACAACCCUACGCCCAUUCAGCAGGCAGCUCCAUCGUCGAUGCCAUUCCAACCGCAGACGCCUGUCGCUCAAAUUGCCCCCGAGCCGGUUGCUCAGCCUGUUGAGGAAGCACCACAGCCAGCUCCUAUGCCGGAGAAGGCCCAGCCUGUUCAGCCUAUGCCUGUCACUCCCAAGCCGGCGAGCGAUGACGACCAGGCAUUUGAUGCACCCAUGAUGCAGCCCUCGGCGCCUGCUCUGGAGAACCCUAUUCCUGAAAUCCCCGAUUAUGCUGUCCCCUCGUCAAUGUCAUCGGUCGUUGCGCAUGUCAAGCCCAGCCCGGCAUUCUCUGCUGUGUACGAGUACUCGUCGUCAAUGUCUAUCAUGGUCUCCGUGCCAGCCUCUUCUUCCAUGGCUCCUAUGAUCAUCCAGGCUACACCUGCACCUGAAUCUAUGCCGAUGCAGAUGGCCCCAGUCACCAUCGUCCCCAUGCCUGUGUCAUCUGUUGUGCAGACCCCAAUCGCCAAGCCCUCUAGCUUCACAACCCGUCCCAUCGUGACAUCGACCUCCCUCACUGCGCCGAAGCCCGCGGCUCACUCCGCCAACAUUCACGAGAUGCACCUUGCUUCCAUGUCUGCCAGCUCUAGCGUUGUGCACGCUACUCCAUCUAGCUCGGCUACCCCAUCGCCCAGCGCAAAUGCUGUGAACGAUGCCAGUAGCAUGCUCAGCAAGCUUCCCAUUGUGGGUGGUCUUCUCUCGGGCCUUGCUGGAAUGUUCUAA